AUGCUCGCGGACGAAUCAAAACCCUUCCACGUCGUCUGUGACACGAGUGACUUCGCCAUCGGGUGUGCCCUGGUGCAGUUUGAUGACGAUGGCCGUGACUAUCAGUCCCGCCAGCUUAAGUCGGCGGAGCGAAACUAUCCAGUACACGACAAAGAGCUCCUCGCCAUGCGCUACGCUCUGGUCAAGUUCCGAGUCUACCUGCUCGGAGAACAGACCGAUGUAUCCCCUCACUUCUCCCAGCGCAUGGCUCGCUGGCUGUCCUUCUUCUCUAAGUACAACUUCGUGGUACACCACAAGCCUGGCAAGAAUAACAUUCUCGCCGACGCUUUGUCUCGGCGCCCAGAUUAUGAUCCCCGCGACGGUUUUGGUCGUCAGACAAGUGACGCGGAAGAUGAAGACUUGUGCGCAAUGUGUGUGACGUCAGAGUUGAACCUGACGAGCUAUGCCGGCGUCCUGAUUCACCUCCGCGCGCCGAGUGAGGAGACUCUAGAAGCUCUGCCGCGCUGUAUCCGCAGUCACAUCGAGCGAUACCGCCUCGAUGGCUCCUUGCUGACGUCCUCCAUCGACCGUUUCGAUGAUAUGCGUGUGGUAGUGCCAAAUGAUGAAGAUCUUCGCGCCCGGAUCAUCCGUGAGUACCAUGAUGCUCCGACCAGUGGCCACUUGGGACGCGAAAAGACCUUCGCGGCAGUGGCGCGAGACUUCUUCUGGCCUUACCUCUACAAAUGGUUGCGCAAAUGGGUGCGCACUUGCGAGACCUGCCAGCGCGUGAAACCUUCGCCGUUGUCACAGGCUCCACUGCGUCCUCUUCCGAUCCCUACGGAAGUCUGGCGCUCUGUUUCGAUGGACUUCGUCUUCGGCCUACAACCCGACGUAAACAGGCGUACUGGUGUUCUCGUGUUUGUCGAUCGGUUCAGCAAGAUGGUGCAUCUCAUCCCCGUGACUUCCACGGUCACCGCGGAAGGGUCCGCGGCGCAUUUCGUUGAUUCCGUCUUCCGUCUCCGUCGUCUGCCCGAUUCCAUCGUCUCGGAACACGAUCCGAGGUUUACGUCCGAACCCAUCCAGAGAGAGACGGAUGGACAGACUGAACAUGUCAACCGUGUUGUAGAAGAUGUGCUUCGCAGCUACGCGUCGGCGUUCCCGAGCUGGAGUUCCUUCCAGCCCCUAAGCGAGUUUGCGCUGAACAACGCCGAGCACUCGUCGAUGGUCCUGACCCCCUUCUUCGUGAACUCCGCGCGACACCCGCGAGUCGUCCCACGGGGAAUCAUAGCUCUACUCUUGGUGGGGGAGGAGCUGCCACUGAGGACGUACCACGGCCCUCUACCGGCGGAAACAAGUGCAAAUGCAGUGACCCGAUCCCAAGCGAAGAAGGUUUUUGCUGCACCUCGGAGUGCAGUGACGCCGCUCGCGGACUGGGCAGAGCGCACUUUGAUCGAUCCCGCUGGCACCCAGCGGAUCACCCUCGGCCGGUCGUGUCCGCUACCUAUGCGCCGAAGUCUACGGCGAGUCCGGGCGACC